AUGCUGCAUCUCUGGUUUAAGGGACUUGAUGAUCCACACAGAUGGGAGAGCUGGAUGUCCCCUGUUACCAUGUCCAGCCUUAGGGACGUGAAUGAAGCAAGAAAUUACUUUUGCCUCUUGGUACCAGCCCGGUCAAAGAGUUUGGUGAUGGGUGAACAGAUUGGGCCUCCCUCCAGAUCUUCUUCUCCAAACCCUCAAGAACGUGUGCUAAAGUGUGGCUGGCUGAAGAAACAAAGGAGCAUUAUGAAAAACUGGCAGCAGCGGUGGUUUGUGCUGCGUGGGGAUCAGCUCUCCUAUUAUAAGGAUGAAGAGGAAACUAAACCUCAGGGUCUGAUACUACUGCAAGGCAAUCAGGUGAAUGAGCUGCCACCUAAUCCAGAUGAACCAGGGAAACAUCUCUUUGAAAUUGCCCCAGGAGGUGCAGGGGACCGAGAAAAGACAGCUGUCAAUCAUGAGGCUUUCCUGCUCAUGGCUAAUUCCCAGAACGAAAUGGAAGAUUGGGUGAAAGCCAUCCGACGGGUUAUAUGGGCUCCAUUUGGUGGAGGUAUUGCAAAUAGCUCACAUGCACAUAAAUUAAAACAUUUGCCUCAAGGGAUCUUUGGACAGCGAUUGGAGGACACCGUACAGUAUGAGAGAAAGUAUGGCCAGCGUUUGGCCCCACUGCUGGUGGAACAGUGUGUGGAUUUUAUUCGGGAGAGAGGUCUUAGAGAGGAAGGGCUCUUUCGGAUGCCUGGCCAAGCCAACCUUGUCAAAGAUCUACAGGAUUCUUUUGACUGUGGAGAGAAGCCCCUUUUUGACAGCAACACAGAUGUUCACACUGUGGCAUCCCUCCUGAAGCUUUACCUUCGAGAGCUACCAGAGCCUGUCAUCCCCUUUGCCAAAUAUGAAGACUUUCUUUCUUGUGGACAGCUACUCUCAAAAGAUGAGGGAGAGGGUACCCAGGAACUGGUUAAACAGGUGAAGAAUUUGCCCCAAGCCAACUACAACCUCCUGAAAUACAUAUGCAAGUUCCUUGAUGAAGUUCAGGCUCAUUCCAGCAUUAACAAGAUGAGCGUCCAGAACCUGGCCACAGUAUUUGGACCAAAUAUAUUACGUCCCAGAAUGGAAGAUCCAGUGACCAUGAUGGAAGGCACCUCACUAGUUCAGCACCUGAUGACAGUGUUGAUAAGUGAGCAGGGGAGAAUCUUUGCUGUUCCUCAGGCUGAAAUGCCAGGGAGCCAGCUGGAAGUCAGACCUGUGCGUCAGCGCAGUACCGUGGAGUGGAUCUCUGAGGAGGAUGGGGAGGACAGCACGUCAGAGAACAGCGUCCCCAGCCCCACAGACUUGCUGUCCAUCAAUGCCACAGCACCAGAGGCCAGUCUGGGGCCUGUGGUGAAAAAUGCUCCUUCAGAGCAGAGUGGCAAACUGACUCAGCCUGCCACCAGCCCAAAUAAAAGAAUGCAGACACUGCCUCCAUGGAAAUACUCCUUACGCCAGCAGGGAGCACGGUCUGUGAGUCCGAAGCUGGGCAGCUCAUCCUUAGAUAUUCCCAACCUCUCCUCCAGUGGAAACUGGUUGAUGAAUGGACUGUACUCCCUCCGAGGCCAUCGCCGGACAGCCUCUGGAGAACGAGUUAAAGAUUCGUGCUCUUCCCAGAGACUCUCUACAUACGACAAUGUCCCUUCCUCCAGCCUCUCCCUUAGUACACAGAGUAUGGCCAGCACCACAUGGUCUACAUCAUCGUGUGAAAUCUCCAUGAUGGACUCAGUCAGCAGCUGCCCAGCCUGUCGUGCCAGUGAUUCUUCUGCUUUAAGCUCUCUCAAAACUGAGUGGGUAACUCAGGGCUCACUGUCUCAGAGUGAGGUCAAGACUGCAGAUCUGGAGAACAGUAUUGACAGAUUUGAUGCAAGCAGCAGCAGCAGCAGUGAACACAGCAAGCCAGCUGCAGCUUCCAGAGACUCCGUCAAAUGCUCUAGGGCCUUGCAGAGCCUGGUGGUGGAGCUACAGACAGAACUGAGCAAACAGAGGACUGAGUAUGAGACUAAUAUUAAAAGAAUUGAAGAAACAAGUGCAGACCUGAGGAAGCAUGUGGUUAGGUUAGAAGAAGAACUGGACCAAGAACGCAAGAAAUACACAAUGCUGGAGAUAAAGCUGCGGAAUUCUGAACGUGCUCGUGAAGAUGCCGAGAAAAGAAAUCACCUCCUGCAGAAGGAAAUGGAAGAUUUUUUUUCAACUUUAGGAUGCUUAACAGUUGGGAGUCAAAGUGCUAAAGUUCCCAACUAG